CCACCCCACAGCCCUGGACACAGUACACAGAGCCCAGAGUUUGGGCUCCAAGGGAAACAAAAGGAACUGCCUGGAUCCCCAUGGCUAUUGCCAGCACCUUCAUACCAGGGCUGAACCCCCAGAACCCUCAUUAUAUCCCAGGGUACACCGGACACUGCCCACUACUUCGGUUCAGCAUGGGCCAGACCUAUGGGCAGAUGACUGGUCAGCUACUUCGAGGAGUUCCUGGCCUGGCCUGGCCCCCUGCCCAUCGCACACUUCUGCCUCCCAUCCGGCCUCCACCAUCUCCUGAGGUUCCCAGAGGAAGACCGCCUGUCAGGCGUGGACAUGAAAGGCUCAGUUCCAGCAUGAUCCCAGGGUACACAGGUUUUGUACCCCAGGCACAGUUCCUCUUUGCCAAGAACUGUAGCCAGGUCUGGGCUGAGGCUCUGAAUGAUUUCACUCAGUGGUCUGGGGGACAAAGGAGUCAAGAACUGCCAAAGGAAGCCAAGGAAGAAAAAGACGUGGGGAAAGACCAAGAACCAAAGCCAGAGUCAGAGCUGGAGGCAGAGAAGGAGCUGGAGCCGGGGCAAGAGGCAGAACAAGCUUCCCCCUAUUCCAUGGAUGACAAAGAUCCUCGCAAGUUCUUCAUGCCAGGACCUACCCUCAGAACCUGGGCCUGUUACCUAACUAUGGGGGCUAUGUGCCAGGGUAUAAGUUCCAGUUCGGUCGCACGUAUGGGCAUCUCACCCAUGAUGCACUGGGCCUCAGCACCCUCCAGAAGCAGCUCCUGGUAUAGUCAAUGGCAGAAACACCAUUUCCUUUGUUUCGGAAGCCUAAAGAGUUGGAGUCAGAGUCACAUGAUCUUCAGGGUAAGAUACUAUUUACUUCAAGCUUUUGCUCAUCAUCACCUUUCUCCGCUAAAGCUGACUCAUUUCAUUCUUAAGCAAAUCUAACCAUAAUAUUUCCUUAUUUGCAGCUGGGAUCAGACUCCUGUCACCCCUAUCCACCCCAUUCCCACUUUUUUCAUAAUCCUGGCAU